AUGUUUAUCAAUCCAGUUUCUCGUUUAUUAUCUGGGUUUGCACAAGCCAUUAUCGAGCUUGUAGAAGAUGACAAUACACCCGUCACCAGUAAUGCAAGCAUAAACAAUCCUACUUAUACCAAUGCUACGAGUAGCAUGAACGCUCAUCCCAAGGCAACGUUUUUAAAGGAGGCGACUAAUAGGAAUUAUGCAGGAAAUUAUAAUCCACCAAGUGAACAAAAUAAAACAAACUAUCCGCUUGCAAAACAGACAUACCAAGAUUCCCGUUCACCGACUUUUCCAGGACAAUGCUUGAGUACUUCAUCAAUACCGCUAGAGAAUUCAAUAGGUGACGACAUAAAAAGAACUCUGAUGAAUCAUUCGACAACGAAUGCUUCAACAUUACCCAGUGAUCAUAAUAUUGAUGCCAUAACCAGUACAAUCCCUGUCAGUGAUGUUGUACACGACAAAAGUGAAGAAAGUUACAUCUCAGUUCAUGUUGAUUCGGAAAGAAUUCAAGAAGAACUCAAGUCAACGGAUACCGAUACGGACUCAUGUCUAACAGAACCACAAAUAUCACCAAACUAUUGUCACAUUAUGGAUAAACGAUAUAGUCUAGAUGAAUAUGAACUGAGAGAUGUAGAUCCACCUUUACACAUGGAUUAUAAUUUCUGUUCAGAUGAGAAAUCGCAAUCACCACCAGAAGACUAUUUACAAGAAGAGAUGGAGUUAUCCCACGCAGGAGGCAAAGAAGUUCAAGGUAACCAUGUGAACAUGAGCCACGGUGGAUUUAUUGCUUCAGAAACAGAAAACGUUAAAUAUAGUUAUCACGGUAGGUGGUUACUGAAUACAAAUAAUCGAAGUAUAUUUUCAGUUACUGAGUAUUGCUAG